AUGGACAGAAAAAAUAUCCUGGAAUUUAGUUGUGUGAUGAUUAACAAGUGCCUUGAAAUGGAGUUGAAUAGCACGAUGGAUUUACUUAGGAUCGUAAAGGCAGAGGAUGACCAUGAUGACGAAGAGAACGAAUCGAUUGUUUUCGCCAAAUCAACUGCCAUGGUCGUCCUGUUCGGGGUGAGCAUGGUAUGCGGUGUAAUACCAUUUAAAUUGGCUCAGUGGUUCAAAUGGACCGACAGUGCGGCGGAUACCAAAGCAAGCCUCGUGGUGUCGAUAUUGUUGUCUUUCGGCGGAGGGGCACUUUUGUGUACUACUUUUCAGCAUCUGCUACCGGAGAUUAAUGAAACCAUUCUAGAUCUUACACAUGCUGGCUACAUUCCUGAGUUAAGAUUCAGUCUCGGAGAAUUUUUGAUGUGCUCAGGUUUCUUCAUUAUAUAUCUAGUCGAGGAAUUGGUGCACGUAUAUUUGCAUAGGUACGAACGAAAAAUGCAAGAGGCUAAGUUAAAUGAACUGGAGGUCGCAAGUGGCGCUAUUAUGCGAGGAACUCACGCACGAGAAAGCAUAAUAACAAGAAAGAAAAAUAGCGAAAUUCGCCAGGGAAGUAUUUCAACUUCAGAUCUAAUAUCGAAUGACUUAGAAAAUCAGAAACGAGACAGCAAUACGAGCAAGCGUGACACGAGUAUGAGCGUUGAAAACAGCCAGCAUCCUCAUGACCACCAUGUUCAUCAUCAUCUGCCACCCACUAACGACGAUGGGAAGUUGGUGUCUUCUAUUCGUGGCCUGCUAAUCGUGCUGGCACUGUCAGUUCACGAGUUGUUCGAAGGACUGGCCGUGGGCCUAGAAGGUUCUGCCUCUACUGUAUGGUAUAUGUUCGGUGCCGUGGCCGCGCAUAAGUUUGUUAUUGCUUUCUGUGUUGGCGUGGAAUUGAUCGUUGCACGUACCUCCUUUUGGCUGGCUAUCGGAUACAUUUUUAUCUAUUCUGUCGUUAGUCCUUUGGGCAUUGGAAUUGGAAUCUUUCUUAGUAACGGGACUAACGCGGACGACAUGCAAGUCAUCUCAGUCAUUCUUCAGGGUCUCGCCUCAGGAACGUUGUUAUAUGUAAUUUUCUUCGAGGUGCUCUCUAAAGAUCGUUCCGGUUUGUUGCAGUAUCUGUCAGUAUUAAUUGGAUUCUUCUUUAUGUUUGGAAUCAUGUUUCUAACUACUCACGGCCACAGUCACAGCCACGGAUCGUCUGGGGAUGAUGACCAUGACCAUGAUCAUGACCAUGACCAUGACCAUGAUCAUCACUAGCCUUGCGGAAAUCAAUCAAAAGCUCAUCCAAACUAGCAUGGUGAAGAUUCUUCAGUGUGAUCGCACAAUAAUUUUAUUAUUGUCGUUAUCAACUCGGUGACAGCAGGAGGUGAAAGUGGCGAGAUAGCUUAGAAUAGAUAAAUGUUUUACGAUAGUAUAGCAACGCCUAAAACACUGCAGCUGUGAUAGAGAUCAACUUAUUUUAAAUUUUAUAUCUUCGGAAAACCACAUAUAGACGCUUUUGUAUUAUUUUAGUUUUAAAUAUUAAUAUUAUAGAUUAGUUAGUAUUGAUAAACAAGGAAAUAAUUCCGACACCAGGGAUACGCAACACGACUAUCAUAUAACUAUAGAUCAGUAGGAAACGAUAUUCAUUUUUGAAAAAGACUUGAAUCGAGGUUUAUUCUGCAAUAGCAUUUAAUAAAUAACAUAAUCAUAACAUAUCACUUGACUAUGCCUCCAGUUCUUUAGAUCGAGUUAGAGAAAAUUUCCGGGUCAACUGGCUAAUUUAUUUAUUUAACUACGUAUUCAUGUAACACAAGUAACCUUCUAAUGGUUCCCGA